GUGCGCGUUCACGUUUGUAACGCGCCAUUCAUUGAAAUUAGUCGACUUGUGCUGGGUCCAUUUACACUUAGGUAAUUGCAAUGGCAGACUGGAACGCUUUCUUCAAAAACGAAGAUGAUGAUGAAGAGCAGGAGGAUGGAGAACAGAGUGGAGGAGAUUACAGGAUCACGGGCAGAGACAGUCUGGUGUUUCUUGUCGAUGCUUCAAAGGAAAUGUUUAUCAAGGGAGAAGAUGGAGAGCCCUCAAACUUUGACAUGACUAUGCAGGUGGUGCGCAGCGUCUACACCAGUAAGAUUAUCAGCAGUUACAGAGAUCUGGUAGCUCUGGUUUUCUAUGGCACAGAGCAUAGCAAAAACCCAAGAAACUCCUUCAAACAUGUCUAUGUGUACCACGACCUGGAUGAACCUGGUGCAAAGCGAGUGCAGGAGGUUGAUGCUCUCAGAGGACCUAAAGGAGCACAGCUGGCGGCAGAGACCAUGGGCAGUGGGGAGACAUCUCUGGGUGAUGCCCUGUGGUGCUGUGCCAAUCUGUACAGUGACAUCAAACUGCGCCUGUCACACAAGCGUCUCAUGCUCUUCACCUGCCGAGACGACCCCCAUGGAAGUGACAGUGUCAAGGACCGACAAGCGCGGACCAAAGCUGGGGACUUAAAAGAGACCGGUGUUGUCAUUGAUUUGAUGCACUUAAUGAAACCAGGAGGCUUUGACGUGUCACUGUUCUUCCGUGACAUCAUAAGUCCACCAGAGGAUGAGAGUGAGCUGGGGCUCCAGCUCAGCCCCUGUGACAAACUGGAGGACCUCCAGAAAAGAGUGCGGGCCAAGGAGCAGAAGAAGCGCGCCAUGGCCAGGUUAAGCCUGUGUCUUGGUGAUGUAAAAAUAGCUGUUGGUAUUUUUGCUACCGCUGUGCAAGCCCGAAAACCAGGGGCCAUCAAACUGUACAGAGAGACUAACGAGCCAGUCCGCAGUAAAAGCCGCAUUUUCCACACCCAGACAGGAAGUCUGCUACUUCCCAGUGAAAUCAAGAAGGCCCAAGUGUAUGGUAGAAAGCAGAUAGUACUUGAAAAAGAUGAAGUGGACUCCCUAAAGAAAUUUGGGGAUCCUGAAUUGUAUCUCAUUGGCUUUAAACCAAUGGAAAAGCUCAAACGACACCACCACAUACGGCCAUCUGUCUUCAUUUACCCAGAGGAGGAUGAAGUCAAAGGCAGCUCGUGUUUGUUCUCUGCCCUGUUGAAGAAGUGCAGUGAGAAGAAUGUUUUCGCUCUGUGCCGCUGCAUUGCUCGCCGAAACUACCCGCCUCGCUUCGUGGCCCUGGUGCCCCAAGAAGAGGAGCUGGAUGAGGGCAAUGUCCAGGUCACGCCACCAGGAUUUAACGUCAUCUAUCUGCCAUAUGCUGAUGACAUGCGGACUCUGGACAUCCCUCACUGCCCUUGCGCUUCCCAAAUACAGGUGGAUAAGAUGAAGGAGAUUGUCUCUAAACUCCGCUUUAAAUACAGGAGUGAUGCAUUUGAGAACCCUGUUAUCCAGCAACAUUAUAGAAAUUUGGAAGCUCUGGCCUUGGAUAUGGCCGCUCCAGAAGAAACUGAAGACCUCAUUAUGCCAAAAGUGGACCAAAUGGACGCGCGCCUUGGUAUUCUUGCUGACGAAUUUAGAGAGAUGGUUUACCCAGACAACUACAACCCAGACGCUAAACCAGCUGCUAAACGCAAAACAGAUGCGAAUAGUGGUGGAGUUGAGAAGAAGCCCAAAAUUGAGGUGCCAGAGGAAGAUCUAAGAGGCCGUGUGAAGAAUGGGACUCUGGGAAAGCUGACAGUGCCUGUGCUAAAGGAGGCGUGCAAGCAGUUUGGCGUCCGAACUACAGGAACCAAGAAGCAGGAGCUAAUAGAUGCUUUGCUAGCCAAGUUGGGUCCAUGAGGAACUGAACAAAACCAUGUCACUAACUACUGUAAGAUCCACUAUGUAACUUUUCUGGUGGACUGUCUGCCACCUGCCUGUCUAUGGUGAUGUUAGUGCUUUGAAUGUUCCACUGAAUGGCGUUAAACUUGUCAAAUCACACUGACACGAUCAGAUGACAGGUCAGUUACAGAUCAGAUCUAUGGAGAGCUGACAACACUUACAGUAGUAUGCAUGUUUGUCAAGGUUUUUUAUGGAGCAAUAUGAACACCCAUAAUUGAAUAAAUACAAGAUAUACGUUUAAUUACACACUGUAAAACUAUACAAUUCAAUAAGCAGAUGGCAAGCCCUCACCCGAAAAGUUACUUGGUGCAUCUUUAAACUGGAAUGAUCAUGAGAUUACAAUAGAAGUUUCCAAAUUGUGCAACAUGUAUCUAAAUGUAUUAAAAAAACUAAAUAAAACCAACCAUUUUGUUGUAUUAUGUAUUAACUGGUUUGUCUUUAGCUGAAAUACCAGUUCCUCUUGUCUGGAGGAGAGGCGUGUCUUGGGGAAUAAAGCCUGA